UUGACGAACCACCUACCAGAGCAGGGAAUGGAUCUGCAGAUACUUCGCGACACAAGGCAUUAUCGUAUUCGGUAGCACCCGAGUGUGUCCCUGGACCCGGUGGGUUUGUACGAUGCAAACCACCACAGAAGGGGCGGGAAGGUACAUACGCUCAGGUGGUAAAAGAUGCGCGGUCCAUCAAUGUUAUCGCAGAUGUACAGGGACGUGUGCAUUGUCGCUACCGCGGUGACCUUUCUUCCGUCUCUAACCGCCACGUGUGAAUGCUAAAACCCUUUGUGGCGAAGAACGUAGCGUGUGGCUCGGAAACCUGCGAGUAUAUGGCGGAAAAAAGGCACAUGUGUUUGUGGCAUGCGUCGCUCGAUUUCGCUUCUACCGCAACGGGCACUGUAUGUUAGUACCAUUCAAUCGGAGCUAUCACCCUCGCUAGAAGGCUUGGACCAAAGAGGGCUCAGCUCACCGUCAUUUCCUGGCUUCCUGAGAGACUGGUCAUGGACCCUACUAUAUUGGUUCUCUGAAAACACCUUUUUGGCCCGCUACCUUCGAGGGUCUCAAUGGCUGGCAAAGCCGUCGGCACGCAAGGUGGUCCGAUGUCAGUGAGCCAGGCAACAUGAACAGUGGCUUGUUGGUCACUAUCCUCCAGUAAAAGAGAUUGCAGAGUAGGGGAUCGGGCAUUGUUACUUGAGUUCCUGAUGCAACCACUGUUGCUGACUGCUGCACUUUCUCCUCACGCUGGUUGCUCGUUUUAUCCCCGGUCGCCGAUGCGACCCCGAGUCCAUAGAAUCAACGGAAUGUCUUCCUUACCACUUUUGAAUCUAAAGUCGGACCGUUUUACAGUGAGCUCAGACGGACGUUCGCAAGUCGAGAAGAAAGAGUUCCGUUUGUCUAGAUUCCCGCGUUGUAAGACGAGGUUUACGCAUAUUCCUUAUUCACGAUGACGGAACACACGCAUAACUCAUCAGCAGCCGCAUGGAGUCAGCAGCUGGAAGAGUUGCUUGUUCGGGAGUCCGGCCAUCAUAAAAUUAAAGGUGGAGUUAGAACGCUCUACGAAGCCGGCGGGAAGGGGCAACUCCUCUCAAUGGCUGAAACACUGCUCUCCCCUACAACCAAGGUCGUGGCGAUCCUUGUAGGCUCAGCUAACUGUACAAUUAUGUGGCCUCCUACAGACACAGACGGACCUGGUGGUGCAUUUGCUAUCACUCGAACUCUCCAGCGAUUGGGUCGACAAGUCGUUCUCGUAACAGAUGAACUGAAUCAUGAGCAAGUGUUCGAGGCUCUCAAAAAGGCAAACCUUUCCAUGGAUGAGUGUGCAGAUUUGACUGCGGCCACCCUGAAGGACAUUCCAAUUGAGACAGCGGCAUACGUCAAAUUUGCUUGCCAGCGCAACUGGACAGAGGCUGAAGAUGUCCGACUACAGAACGUGUACGACGCAGCCGAUUUCAUCCUAAACCUUGGCAGACCGGGGCCAGGAGAAGAAGGCGAAACUCGAGCGCAUGAUCGGGCAAAUAUGACUGCAUUUGAUUCCUCUUUCAAGUUCUUUUUCACUCGGCCCGAGAGGUUCGCUCUGCGGCCGGAUCACGUGGCCACCACUGCCGUCAUUGGGGAACUGGGUAACGAGCUAGGAAUGGGAGGCUUAAUCAGCUGUGUCAAGGAAAACGUUGAAUACGGAGAAGAUAUAGGGUGCAGUGUCCAAGCGGACUUUACUCUGGUUGCGACGACAGCGAACUGGGGAGCAUGGGGUCUCUCAGCCAUGCUGACUCUCCUGUCAAUCGCCUCGGGCGAGAAAAUUUCGGCUGAUAGCCUACUGCCGGACGUUGUUUCACAGAAGCUGAUCCUGAAGACGCUGGUUGAAGAAGGAGCUCGCUGUGGUCUUACGUGGACCAGGGACGAGAUCAUUGACCGGUUCGAAUCGGAGGAAAACUGGAAGUUUUUGAACGAACUUCGGCAGUUGACCUUUUCGUUACUCGAGUCAAGCCAAGGCCAAAAAUCAUUGCCUUCAUCAGAAAAGAUCUCGACGCCGGCAUCAUCGAAUUUAGUAGACAUGACAAUGUCCCAAAACAUUAGGAACACACGAGCAGAUUCAUAAUGCCCCCCUGAGGAAGAAAAAGCGGAUGUCACCCCGCCAUCGACAGUCGAGGCUAACCCACAGAUUCGAUGAGUAAACGAAAAAAAAGGGCGAUCUUCUAUUUUUGCCGACAGUUUUCUCGCACCUGAAUCGCCAUGGCUUGCAUGUGACUGUUCUUCAAAUUCUAUGGUCGUUGGGUCGCCCUCUAACGUUCGACGCGGGCCAGCCUG